UACUGCAAGUAAGAAAUGCCUACUGUGUCGCAACUUCUUAUAGCAAUGCCGUCCUUUGAGAUGAAGUUUACAAUCAAAUUUAUUGCAUUAAUCAGCAUAGCAUAUGGAGCCAACCACUUCUGCUGGAGCGUGGACCGGAUAGCAGAUGAGAUCUUCGUUCACACGGACAAUAAUAGCGACGGUAUACUUACUUACGGUGAAUUCCAAAAGGAACUCAUUUCUGACUGGGAUUUGUCCAACGAUUCUUGCUUGUCCUACCAUGAGUUUACUGCAAACUGGGUUUACAAGUUCCAUGAUCAUCACGACACUGCGCAUGCGUUCUUCAACAAACUGGACGUUACCGGCGACAAGCAGUUGUGUUUUAUGGAAGUGGCUGUUCACAUAGUGCAGUACGAUAACAACCCAAAUGAUGGUCGGAUAGAAUCUGCAGAGCUCCAUACAUUCAUGCAUGAUAUGCAUCCCGAUUCUCACCAUAACGGUGGUCACGGACAUGGAUGCUAAAUAUAUACUACAUGUGUUAUGUUAAAUCAGUAGAAUAAAGCGUUUUUAUUAUCUCA